GGCGGGCUGGAGAGGCUGAUGCGGCCGCUAAGGGAGAGGAUAGUGGUUAAAGCUCGAGCUGGAUGGAUGGGUAUGGGGAGAGGGGCAGGAUCCACAGCCCUGGGACUUUUCCAAAUCCUCCCUGUCUUUCUCUGCAUCUUCCCUUCAGUGACAUCUCCAUGCAAGAUCCUCAAGUGCAACUCUGAGUUCUGGGCAGCCACGUCGGGCUCCCACGGUCCGGGCACGGAGGAGGCUCCCGAGUUCUGCACGGCGCUGCGCUCCUACGCGCACUGCACCCGCCGCACCGCCCGCACCUGCAGGGGAGACCUCGCCUACCACUCCGCCGUGCAUGGCAUAGAGGAUCUGAUGGUGCAGCACAACUGCUCCAAGGAUGGCCCCACGUCCCAGCCCCGCCUCCGAACGCUGCCCCCCGGCGACAGCCAGGAGCGCUCCGACAGCCCCGAGAUCUGCCACUACGAGAAGAGCUUCCACAAGCACUCGGCCACCCCCAACUAUACCCACUGUGGGCUCUUCGGGGACCCCCACCUCAGGACUUUCACAGACACUUUCCAAACCUGCAAGGUGCAAGGGGCUUGGCCGCUUAUAGACAAUAACUACCUGAACGUCCAGGUCACCAACACGCCGGUGCUGCCUGGCUCCACCGCCACCGCCACCAGCAAGCUCACCAUCAUCUUCAAGAGCUUCCAGGAGUGUGUGGACCAGAAAGUGUACCAGGCGGAGAUGGACGAGCUGCCCGCUGCCUUUGCUGACGGCUCCAAGAACGGCGGCGACAAGCACGGAGCCAACAGCCUGAAGAUCACCGAGAAGGUGUCAGGGCAGCACAUCGAGAUCCAGGCCAAGUACAUCGGCACCACCAUCGUGGUGCGGCAGGUGGGCCGGUACCUCACCUUCGCCGUGCGCAUGCCGGAGGAGGUGGUCAACGCCGUGGAGGACCGGGACAGCCAGGGCCUCUACCUGUGCCUGCGCGGCUGUCCUCUCAACCAGCAGAUUGACUUCCAGGCCGUCCGCUCGGCUCAGACCACCGAGGGUCGUGCUCGGCGGAAGGGGCCCAGCCUGCCGGCCCCCCCUGAGGCCUUCACCUAUGAAACGGCCACGGCCAAGUGCAGGGAAAAGCUGCCCGUGGAGGACCUCUACUUCCAGUCCUGCGUCUUUGACCUCCUCACCACCGGGGACGUCAACUUCAUGCUGGCUGCUUACUAUGCCUUCGAGGACGUGAAGAUGCUUCACUCCAACAAAGACAAGCUGCACCUCUACGAGAGGACACGGGAGCUGGCCCCAGGCAGCGCCGCUCCCUCGGGUGCCUCCACCGCCCUCUGGGUGCUGCUGCUGUGCUUGAGUCAGUGUUGGUUGUGCUUGUUGUAG